AUGGAUGAAAAAAAAAAAGAGAAUAUAGCUUUCGAGCAAAUAGAGAAGGCGCUUAGUCGAGUCACCAUUGAAAUCGACGAAGUUAAAUCGGAUAGUCAUAUUAAAGAAACCAAAUCAGGUAGCAAGGAUGAAGAAAUUAAAUGGGAUGACAUUUUUGUUUCUCCGCUUAAGGAGGUUGUGGUAACAUGGAAGCAAACCAACAAACAUCUGGGGCUAUGGGAAAUAAUUGAUGGAAAAAAGGAGCUAAAAAAAAUAGAUGAUAUAUACUUGGAUAAAAGUUACAAAAUAUAUCCAGAAGAAACCUACCGUGAUAAAUUUUAUUCGUACUCACGCUUGGUCAUAUCUGAUAGAAAACACCUUGUGUUACAUUUAAAUAGAAAAAAGCCAUAUAACAUAGGUAUUUUUAAUUUGAACAUGAUAGAGAAUAAUUUAGACACGAUGGAGAAUAAUUUAGACACGAUGGAGAAUAAUUUAGACACGAUGGAGAAUAAUUUGGACACGAUAGAGAAUAAUUUAGACACGAUAGAGAAAAUUUUAAACACGGAAAAGGAAACCAAAUUAAAUGCACCAAAUUUUGAGGGAGAAAUGGACAGUUGGGGUUUUAUUGAAAAUAGUGACUUCGCAGUUAUUAAGGGUGAUCCAAUAUAUCGGGCAUACAUAUUUUCCCAUAGCAAAAAGGAUAAAGAUAAGUGGAACUGUAUAAAAAUGAUUGAACUAAAGCACUUCACUUGGAGUCACAUAAGUUUUGACAAAAAAUUAUUCUUGGCCAUUGAAAAAACCUUGAUUUUAUCACAAUGGAAUUUAAAAAAUUUAAUCCUUGAACAACAAUACAUGAUAGAAAGUUCUAAACGCUGUAGAAUCACACAGAAUGGAAACUCAACAUUGUUGGUGGUUCAAGAAGUAAAUACGUUAUUCAUUUAUUCAAUGGCUCUUGGAAUGAAGUUAGCACAAUUGAAUGAAUCAAAUUCUAAGAUAUAUUUUAUUGGCACCGAUAUUGGCGAGCGAAUGAUGAUAUCAGGGACAUGGGGAAGUUGCAAUAUAAUUGAUCCUUUCGAAUCACAUCCUCAAGAUAAUCUUAAAGACGCAAAAAAACUUUUAAGGGGCGUGGAAAUUAAUAUGCCAUAUGUCGUACAAUCAGAUAAGAUUAUUGGUUGGUUUAAAAAAGAUCUAUGUAUUCGGUCUUUAAUACCAGAUAAUUGGAUUAAGUAUUUAAGGGAAGAGCUAAGAGAUUUUAAGGGUUUCGGUUCUUCCUACGAAGCUUCGCGAGUCGAAAAAAUGGUUGACGAAAUCAUAAAGAAUACCACCGGAACAAUUAAUCCUCCAUUCAAAGACAAAAUUGAACCCUAUGACGAUGGAAUUGGUUUUCAGUACAGUUGUAAAGGGUAUUUACUAGAAUGGAUUGUAAGAAUCGACGCUGAUUAUGACUGCGCGUACAUUGAGUUGGCGGCACACAAAUCCGAAAUCAAAACGGAAAAGUGGAAAAGAGUAGAACCGAAGAGAAUAUUUUCCAGACAUAGAGAAAAACAUUAUGGAAAAGAAUUCAUUAUAAAUUGCAAUCCACUUGAGAAUGAAAAUCUAGCUAUGAUAACACGCGCUGGAAUUUAUAUAUGGACGGUGAAUUCAAAAAAUGAAACAAAUAGAAUUCAAUUACUUUAUUUCUGGGAUAAUGAACUAAAACGUGAAAAUUUCGAAACACCAUGGAUAAUCAACAUGUUGAAAGAAUUUUCACGUAGUUGCAAGCAAUCAGGAAGUUAUCUUCCAACGAUGAACUUUGAUUUAGUACUUAAAGAUUCUCAUCUUGAUCCUAUGUGUCGGCAGGAAUGGAUAGACUGUUAUAAACAUGACAAAAUGUUUCUCGCAUAUUAUGGAACAUCAUGGAUUAAGAAGCUCGUGGAGUCAAAAGUAGAUAUUAUUAUUAGCGAGUUAUUCGGCGAAUGCAUUUAUUUGAGCAUCGAAAAUGGAUGUAUAAAAAACACAAAGUUCUUGGAUAUUAUUAUCACGUCGUUUCCAGAAUUAUCUCAAAAUUAUACGGCCUAUGUCUCAGAAUUCCUAGCUCAUAUAGCUUUUGCUUUGCCAUUUCAUAAUAGAGAUCUUGGAAUAGUCGAUUAUUAUUCCACUUCGUCACAUCUUGCUCAUUGUGGAACUUAUAUCCAAAUUUCGAAGACAACGACAAUUGAUUUAAUCGUUUCCCGGUUAAACUUUCGUAAAAGGAUUCAUGAUUUUUUCGACAAAAUGAACUUAUCUUUUUUUAAAUCCGAGACCAAUUUAACGAUUCAAUUGAUGGUUCCUUUACCAAAAUUUGUUACCUAUCCUUAUCCGUACAACUCUUUAAAAGAUUUUAUUUAUCCAGCACCAA